CCUUAACCGCUAAGAUACCGUUUCCUUUCUUUUUAUAUAAAACCCCCUUUUUCUCCUUUCUCAAAAUCCCACUUCACAAUCUCAUGGCUAAACCCAAACCCACCGCUGCCGUCCUCGCCGACUCCGCCACGCCUCUCGACUUCUCCGCUCUUCCCGAAGGCUGUGUUUCUCACAUACUCUCUUUCACUUCUCCUCAAGACGUUUGCCGCUCCGCUUCUGUUUCCUCCACUUUCCGAUCUGCUGCUGAUUCCGAUGCUCUUUGGGACCGAUUUCUUCCUCCCGAUUACGCUGAUGAAAUUUCUCACGCUCUUUCUCAUCUUUUUCCACCUUUUUCCUCCAAGAAACAGCUCUAUCUUCAUCUCUGCCGCUUCCCUGUACUUAUCCACGGCGGUGCUAAGAGCUUUUCAUUGGAUAAAAAGACAGGGAAAAAAUGCUACAUGAUCUCUCCAAGACAGCUUUCCAUUGUUUGGGGUGAUGUUCCUAGGUAUUGGAGGUGGUCUUCUACUCCUGAAGCAAGGUUUGGAGAGGUGGCAGAGCUGGUGAGUGUGUGUUGGCUCGAGAUCAGAGGCAAGAUAGAGACGGAGAUGCUGUCUCCAGGCACAUUAUAUUCAGCCCACUUGGUGUUCAAGCCCACAACUUCCAGCUAUGGCUUCCAACAACAGCCCGUUGAGGUAGGUGUUGGCCUUACCGGUACCGAACCCGUGAAGCGAACUGUGUAUUUAGAUGAUGUAAGUAGAGAUUGGCGACAACGACACCCAAUUGUGCAUAGGGGCUUUGGCCUCUUCAACCUUGGUGGUAGACGUAGCAUGAUUGGAACGCAAGUGGGCACGCCUCCUGAAAUCACCAGGAACGAUGCCCCAGCUGUGGACUGUGGUCGCCACAUCCCUAAGGAGCGAGAAGAUCGAUGGCUGGAGGUUCAGCUUGGUGAAUUCUUCCAUGAUGGGGACAACGGGGAGCUCGAGAUUAGCGUGUUAGAGGUCAAAGGCGGGCAUUGGAAGGGCGGUCUCCUUAUCCAAGGAAUUGAAAUAAGGCCAAAAGGGUUGAAAACUUAAUAUAGAAGAAGAAGAAAAAGCGUUCUUUAGUUCUUUGGUUCUUUGGUUCUUGACAUAAAAUGGUAUUGUAAUAGUGAGAAAUUUUCAUGAUGGAGAAAAUCCAACCCAUGUGUAAAUGUUUGAGAGCUUUUCUUGUCUUGGAAUUUUGAGGCUACAUUAUUAUGGUAUCAUUAGUAAUAGGGAGAAAUGAAGAUUCAAUAGAAGAUUUGAAAGGAUUAUUUUUAGAGCAUGUGAUAAUGAUGAUGCCUUUUUUCUUCUCUACUAAGCAUAUGAUGAUUGUGAACCAUUUGUAAAUAUUAAUUAUUGGGAAAUGUAACUUUUUGUACCAAUUAUGCCUAAA